AUGGCUGCUGGAUCUGCAGAUUGGGAAGACAUUGACCCUGAUGAGUGUAGCAGACCAAAUUAUGCCUACUACAUAAUUUUAGGUGUCUUCUCCUGUAUCUGCUUGUGUGGACUUGUGGGCAAUGCAGCGGUCCUGUGGCUGCUGGGCUUCCGCAUGAAGCGGAAUCCCUUCACCGUCUAUGUCCUGAACCUGGCCGUCGCUGACUUCUCUCUGCUCCUGAUCCUUCUUCUUUUUUCUACAAUAUUUAUGAUUUCACCUGUAUAUUGCAAUUUUAGUGAUAAUCUUUUCCUGAGCCUAUUUAUCUUUUCAGGGGUGUUCCUGUUUUGCUAUUUUGCUGGCAUGUAUCUGCUGACAGCCAUGAGCGUGGAGCGCUGCCUGGCUGCUUUGUUCCCACUUUGGUACCGGUGCCACCGUCCCAAGCAUUUGUCAGGUAUCCUGUGUGGGAUGAUCUGGACUCUCGCUGCACUUUCUGUUCUGUUGAUCAUUCUGACUUGGAUUUUUACUGAAAGCUAUUAUAUAGUAUUCACUGUUUUGAACAUUGUGAAUUUUGUUCUGUUCUCUUUCAUCCCAUUCCUUUCCAACCUGGCCCUGUUCAUCAAACUCCGAUGUGGCUCCCAGAGACGACACCCAGGCAAACUCUAUGUUGCUGUCCUGCUCAGUGUCCUCUUCCUGUUCGUCUUUGGACUUCCUUUCACUGUGUCAAAUUUCCUUCUUUACUUUGCAGCAGAUUUUUUUUUCAUUUCUUGCCUGCUGUUGUCACUGAACAGCUCCGUCAAUCCUCUCCUUUACUUCCUGCUGGGCAGCUGCCGGCAGUGCCGCUUCCAAUGCUCCCUCAAAGUCGCCUUCCAAAGACUGUUUGAAGAGGAAACCACAAAUGAGGAGAGGAGCCAGGUGCCUGGGGAUGCUGUUAUGGAGACCAGUGUCUGA